UGGAGCGCUUUAACAUGUUCUAUCAGCUGAUACGUGUAGUUUGCUUCGUUAGCUUGUGCUGUUUGGGAGUGACUAACGCAAAAUUUCAAAACAAUUUCGAACAUUUUCUGGUUUUGCAAUCCGAUGCCGCGAAUUUCUCACGUGGCAUCAAGGAGCUGAUUGAGCGCAUACAAACGGAGGGUCCGUUCGUCAGUUACUUUCUGCUCAGAAAACAUCCAUCAGAUUGUGUGGAUGAAGCUUUACCAAUGAAUUUCGAAUUGCCUUUCAUGCAACUGAACGAAAGUGAACAUUCGUAUGUGCGUGGCACGGGUAAUAGCGUACUACUGGCCAUAUUGUGUCUCCGGCAACUCACCGAUAAGAAUUUCGUGUUGAAAUUCUCUGAAGAUUUGCAGCACAUACGCACUAGACGUAUAGUGGUUAUACAUAACAGAAAUUUGGCGGAGAGCACACAUGCGGAAAUCGAGACGUUCUUCCGUUACUGCAUGCAAGUCAAAUUUCUGCAUGUCGUACUCGUACAUCGUGACUUCGCGGAGACCAACAUCUUUCACUCACUUAAUCACUUCCCGGACUUUCAAUUGGAGACACGCGAUCUACGUGCCGCAGCGCCAAUCUAUCCCAAUCGAUUGGCGGAUGUCAAGGGAAAGAAGUUGCGAAUAUUGGUCGAUCAAAUAGAGCCGAUUACCAUGUUGUAUGAGGUCGGCGAUAAACUUAUUGUAGAAGGUUACAUCGGUUACUUUAUAAAGACAUUCGCCUUGCGGUACAACUUUCAGCUGUGGCUACCGAAAGAAUAUGAGUCCAGUGUAGUGCGUGUAAUCUCUAUAGAGGAGAUACGUCAAGCGGCACGCAAUGACUCGAUAGAUGUAGGCGCAAGUUUAUCUACACCGCAAAAGGAGGAGAACUUACACGAAUACAUCUAUCCGGUUGAGUUUUUUCAAUGGCUGACUAUGCUGCCGGUGGAACCACAACUGGAAACAUAUUACUUUUUCAUCACCAUCUUUAGUCCAACAACUUUAAUUGGUAUAUUUGUUAUAACCUGGUGUUUGUGUUUUGUCUAUGUUGUACAUUUGAAAAUGAAGUGCCAAACUCUACGUUGGAAUCGACCGCUUUUGUUUUUAUUUUUAAUACCUUGGCAUCUGGACUUACUGCGCGGUCUUCUGAGUCAGUCAACCGCUAUGCGUCUGAAUUCCGCCACUCGACGCAUUAUUUUCAUUUUAGUUUUCACGCUCGGCGGUACUUUGAAUAGUUUCUUCUCGACGAAAAUGGUAAACUGGUUGACUGUGCCGCCACAUGAAAAGCCAAUUGAAAUGUUUGGCGAUCUCGCUGCUCGUAAUCUUAAGAUACAAAUUGCUGUGCCCGAUAUAGCUGAGAUUAAAUUCUAUCGUGGUGAGAAGUUUUGGAGUGACCAUGCUCAUAUCUUCAAUGUGGUGAGCACGUUUGAUGAGUUUCAGGAUAACAUACGCAAGAUGGACACGCGUUACGGUUAUAUGAUGCAUAUUUUAGCUUGGCCAAUAAUUGAGCAACGUCAAAUGUAUUUUAAACAUCCGUUAUUUCGUUUAUCCGAAAGUCUAUAUUACACCAAGGGCUCACUGCUUAGUCUGCCGAUAAGCGAGAAUUCCAUGUACAAAGAUCUGCUGAGUGAAUUCGUCAUGCGCUCACGUGAAUCGGGUUUAUUGGGUUAUUGGUACAAAAGAACAUUCUACACGAUGGUCUCCCUCGGACGCUUCAAUUUCACAGACCUUAGUACCAACCAGAAACAUGAAGUGUUAACUUUGAAAGAGUUCGAAUGGGUUUGGAUCGCAUAUGCUAUUGGUGUUGGAUUGAGUGGACUCGUUUUUAUGUUCGAAUGGAUCUGGUAUAAAAUGUAAUUCACAUUGCAGUUAAUAUUGUUUAUGGCAACUGUAUGUGGAUACGAAUUAAGUUUUUAGAAUGGAUUCUGGAGUUAU